AUGGUAAGCGUCGUGCUCCUCACGCAAUUGAUGGAGUGGAAGAUGGCGACGUCAUCCCUUCUUGCAGCAGCCCAGCAACGCCAGCCGACGCUGCUGGAUACAUCUCUACACUCUCAAGACGCGCGAAAGGACGCGCAGCAGCAAAGCGACGCAACGCUGUCAACAAAGCGGCACUGCCCGUACCGGAUCGAUUCGCUGGACGGUCACGACGCACAAGGAAUGGAAAUGGGAUGGCACAGCGGAGGCUGGGCGGUCCGCCAACUUUGCAGCCAACCUCUAGACACACUAUUCUUCGUGCACACUGCGCCGAGAAGCUGGCAGAACCGCGCCCACCUGCGUGCCACUCUCUUCGAAGAGGCGGCUACGAAAUUCUUCAACUGGACAGUCGUCUUCUUUGUUGGCGAAACCGAUGACCUGGCGGUGAGGCAUUGGACGGCGCUCGAGGCGAAGGUCAUGGGAGACAUGGUGAUGCUGCCGUACAACGACACUCUCCUGACCGUACUGCACAAGUUCAUCGGGGGCAUGAGGUGGGUGAUCGAGUAUUGUCCCAACGUGCGAAGCAUCGUCAAGAUAGACGACGACGUCGGCGUACACCCAUUCGAGCUCCGGCGAUACCUGGAAAAAGAGCUGCCGCGUAAUAAGAGCUAUAUGCACUGCUUCGUUUGGUUGAGGAAUAAGGUGUACCGCGAGUCAUUCCAUAGGUUCUGCAUCCGCGAGGACGACCUCGCCCAAGACAAUUACCCUCUGUUCUGUUCGGGUCGCUCCGUGAUCAUGACGGUAGACACGAUGCGGAAGCUAUUCAGAGCCUCCAAGAUUGUAAGGGCUUUCGCCACAGACGACGCCUACGUGACCGGACAACUCGCCUUGUUCGCCAACGUGGGGCACAUAUUUAUUAACGCCAGGAUGGAUUGGAGUACAUCGGACAAGACCGAAGCUAUGCUGGAAGGGAAAGUGAUAUUCACGCACGAGUUCUUUGAGUACGGAAAUUCCAUUGACCGCAGAGCGCAGUGGGGAUUGAUGCUCUGGAAGCACAUGAUGCAGACUACUGGCCGGCACCCAUUAAACUUGUCAUACCGACUUGAAGACAAGCUGUACCGACUCGAUUUUCACAGGACACGCCGCGCCCUACAAGAUUCUUUCUUGUACUUGCAAGCACCCGAAUAA